AUGCCAUACCUUGCCCCUUACGAGCGCACGGAAAUAUUAGAAUUCCCUCAAGUGUAUUUUGUUGGGCCACAAUCUAAAAAGCAUCAAGCGAAUGCAGAACAAGUUGCUUGCAAUUUUGGAUAUGACGAUGAACGUGGAGACUACAAGAUCAUCAGCCAAGACCACCUUGCAUUUCGCUAUGAGAUUUUGGAAAUUAUGGGCAAAGGAUCAUUUGGACAAGUGGUCAAAUGCUUUGAUCAUCGCACUGGCAAUAUACUUGCUAUCAAGAUUAUACGGAACAAGAAGCGAUUUCAUGCACAAGCGCUGGUUGAAGUCAAGAUUUUGGAAAAGUUAAUGAAAUGGGAUUUGGAUGACAAACAUAACAACGUUCGAAUGACCCACCAUUUCUACUUUCGCAACCACCUUUGUAUCGCGUUCGAAUGUUUGAGUAUCAACCUUUAUGAAUUCAUCAAGAGCAACGAGUUUAAAGGUUUUAGCUUGGGUUUAAUCAGGAGAUUCAGCAUUCAGCUUCUGAAUUCACUAUCUCUCUUGUACAAGUACAAAGUAGUUCAUUGUGAUUUAAAACCCGAGAAUGUGUUGCUCAAGCAUCCUUCAAAGAGCUAUAUAAAGGUCAUCGACUUUGGAAGUAGUUGUCUUGAGAACGAGAAAGUCUACACUUACAUACAGAGCCGAUUUUACCGAUCCCCUGAAGUUAUUUUAGGCUUAACGUAUAACACUGCUAUUGACAUGUGGAGUUUGGGAUGUAUACUUGCUGAACUUUUUACUGGGUAUCCCUUAUUCCCUGGAGAAAAUGAACAAGAACAGUUAGCAUGUAUUAUGGAAAUACAAGGAGUACCAUCCAAAUAUCUCGUUGAGAAAAGCACACGAAAAAAAUUGUUUUUUGAUUCCUAUGGUAACCCUCGUAUUGUUCCAAACUCCAAGGGAAAGAAACGACGGCCUGGUUCAAGGACUUUGGCGCAGGCGCUGAAGUGUUCUGAUGAACUGUUCUUGGACUUUGUGAGCAGAUGCUUGGAAUGGGACCCCGAUAAACGAUUGAACCCUGAACAGGGUUUAGCUCAUCCGUGGGUUGCUGGUAGUGGAGACAACCAUAGUCACUCGAGAUAUGCAAGCAAUAUAACCAAACCAUCCUCUGGCUCAUCCAAGGCUUUAUCAUGA